AUGGAGAUCCGCGUGCAGUCUAUCAGAGCGUUGGCCGCUGCAGCAGACGCGGUUGACCAUGACGACAUGGCGCUCGAGCACGCUGUGCUGGUCACGCCUGGCGACGUGAUCACAACGGACACGACGGCGUUCCUCCGCGGCCACGGCACGUACUUGAGCGCCUCGAAUGAGCUCGUGGCCAGCGUGGCCGGCGUCGUGGAGAAGGUGAACCAGCUCAUUACCGUGCGGCCGCUCGUGUCGCGGUACAUUGGCGAAGUCGGCGACCUCGUGGUCGGUCGCGUCACGGACGUGGCGAGCAAACGGUGGAAAGUCGACGUGAACGGCCAGCAAGACGCGAGUUUGCUCUUGAGCUCCGUGACGCUGCCGGGGGGCGACCAGCGACGUCGGACGUACGCCGACCAGCUGCAGAUGCGCACGCUGUUUGUCGAGAACGACCUCAUCUCGGCCGAGAUCCAGGAAGUCCGCUACGACGGGUCGCUGAGUCUCCACACGCGCAGUCUGCGCUACGGCAAACUCGAGAACGGGCAGUUUGUGGCCGUGGCCGCGCCGCUGGUCAAGCGGAUGAAACAGCACAUGGUGACGCUGGCGGACAUUGGCAUUGACGUGAUCCUCGGCACGAACGGCUACGUGUGGGUCUCGCGAACGAUGGCGGCAGUGGGAGACGAUCGAGCUGGGGAAGACACGACGAGCAGCAUGGAGACGCGCGUGGAAGUGCUGACGGUUAAACGACAAGUGCACGCUGCGACGCCAAUGAGCGUGGAAGACCGUCGAAAGAUUGCACGGGUGGCACAGGCGCUACUGCGGCUGAAUGAGCACUUUCGGAUGAUCACGCCCGAGAGCAUCAUGACGACGUAUGAGCUCUUGGAAUCGCAAGGACGAUGA